UGAAGGACUGCAGACAAUCGUUCGCUACCGGGCAAGAUACAGCACAGAAGCGGGCUACAAGAUGACAGACACUACCCGAUUUUCAUUUCGUUUAUCAGCACUCAUCGUUCUUCAAUUAUGGUUUUUGUCUGUAAGUGCUUCCCCAGCUAAUCGGGUAUGGAUCGUCCGAAGGGACGUCGAAAACUUGGAUGAAGCAACAACUGAAUUCCAUCAGCCAAAGGAACAAAAGGUCGAGAAUGCCCUACCACGAAUUUAUUUCAUGGAGAUUGUGUCGGAUAUCCGGCUGCGUUAUGCCUCGACAAAAGUCACGUCAAAAGUUGCCAACCCUGCUGACAAAGCGCAGGAAGCCACUUUUCAUGUUGUUCUACCAGAAACAGCUUUCAUUUCCAGCUUCUUGAUGGAGAUUGACGGGAAGGUGUACAAAGCGAGUGUAAAAGAAAAAGAAGAAGCACAAACAGAGUACCAGAAUGCUGUGGAUGCGGGACUAUCAGCUGCCCAAGUGACUGCAAAUGCCCGUGAUGCCAAUCAGUUUACUGUGUCGGUAAAUGUUGAACCGCAGGCGAAAAUGCUUUUUAACUUGACGUACGAGGAGUUAUUGACCAGACGCAGAGGAAUUUAUGAGCAGGUCAUUCACGUUAGCCCCGGUUCAAUUGUCCCACAAAUGAGCAUUCGAGUCAACAUUUUUGAGACACUCCCUAUCAACAAAAUCACAGUCCCUCAAUUGCGUGGCAACGAUAUCGAACAAAGUCAAGACUUGAGUGAAAACGAAGUAGCCAAGAUUAUCCGCACAAACGAAACGGUUGUGAGCGUCGUUUACGAGCCGACAGAGACGCAGCAAAUCCAAUCUUCAAAGGAUGGACUGCAGGGUCAAUUUGUCGUUCAGUACGAUGUGGAUCGUUCGUCCAUUGAAAGAAAAGGCGGCGAAAUUCACGUGGUGGAUGGCUACUUUGUCCACUUUUUUGCACCAAGUACUUUGCCGGCCCUUCCUAAACACGUCAUCUUCGUGCUGGACACAAGUGGAUCAAUGGCAGGAACGAGAAUUGAGCAAACGAAACAGGCCAUGAACUCCAUCCUGGAUCAGUUGAGAGAAGACGAUCUCUUUAGUGUCGUAGAAUUCUCAACAAGCGUCGCGGAAUGGGAUUUAAGAAAACCAUACAAAGGGCUUGAACCUUACUACUACAAUGUUCAAUUGGAGGAAACAACAGAAGUUUCGCAGAACACGACACAAUUGGAAGAAAGUUUUGGCCUUUAUGAUGAUAUUUUUGCGUAUCCUGUAACGGAACGUUCCAUCAAAAGAGCAAAGGAAUUUGUCAAAACCAUGGACGUUACUUCCUCAACCAAUAUUAACGAUGCCCUUUUGCUUGCGCUGAAAAACAGCCAAUCCGUUCAGUCACGACUGCGCCUCACGCCGAUCAUCAUUUUCUUGACGGACGGUGAGCCCACGUCGGGUGUUGUUGACAAAACAGAAAUUCUUGCCAACGUCAGGAAGGGAAACAGUGACGACGUGGUGAGCAUUUUCAGUUUGGCCUUUGGUACGGGCACAGAUUACGAUUUCUUGACGAAAAUUUCGAGUCAAAAUCGUGGAUUUGCACGCAAAAUUUACGAAGCUGCAGAUGCCACCCUCCAGCUCAAGGGAUUCUUUGAGGAAGUGGCAUCGCCUCUGCUCAACAAUGUUCGCUUUGUUUAUAAUAAAGACGGCCCCGUGCAUGAUGUCACUGAGACUAACGUCCCCAACUUCUUCAAGGGCACAGAAUUCGUAGUGGCCGGCCGGAUCGACCCGGAUUCAAAACUGAGUGCGUCUAUCUCUGGAACAGGAGCAAAUGGAUCCUUCUUAUUCCCUGACAUUCGUCCAUUGAUAAAUGAUUACAGUGUAUUACCCAUUCCGAACAACAGCGUUGCAGAAACCGUACCCGCUAAAAAGAGCUUUUCGUUGGAAAAGAUUUGGGCGUACAUGACGAUCCAGGAUAUGCUAAAGAAACGUCAAAUCGUUGAUGAUGCAAAGUCUAUUGCUGCGUUCAACAGCAAAGCCCUCAACCUGUCUCUUACAUACGGCUUCGUCACACCCUUGACUUCAUUGGUAGUCGUGAAACCGAAUAGUACUGCUGCCACGGCUGAUGUUCGUCCUGCCGAUGGCAUACAACCCUCAAAUGGCAUCGCUUAUGGUGCACCUUCUCCGAUAGCAGCAUAUUCGCCAAAUCAUUUCAGCGGUGGUAUCCACCCGUUUGCAGUUUCAGCUCUUGGAAUAUCCGUUCCUUAUAAACGACCACAAACAACAACUUUCGUGCCUCAGCUUGGAACAACUAUAUCACCUAUUAUUACCGAACAUUUUGAAUUUCCAUCGUUUUCACCGGUAGAAUGGAUUAGUCAGUUUGAACAUAAUGUUACACACGUUAAAAUUCCAGCAGGCAACGAAACGUUAGACUUAUCAUGGGAAGAUGAACUGCCGGAUAUCGAGUAUGAUUCUUGUACGACGAAUCGUCUUCAUCACGCUGUUUGCAAAUCCAUUUGGAAGUGUUCCACCGUUUUGCACGAGUCUACAUUUGUGUCCAAGGAAUUAACUGUGGACGCAAAGGCUGCUUGCGUUAUCGAAAACAAAUAUGUAGGCGUCUGUUGUGACGUAACCAACUUCCCCGAGUUACCCAUCGAUUUUACGACGAUUUUACCAGAACUGGAAACAACAACGUCUGUUGAUGAUACUUCCACAUUCACUAGUGACCCAUAAUCACCCAUUUAUUCUGCCAACUUUAUUUUAUUUAAAUG